CCUUAACACAACGAAUAAACGACAUCAAUUCAAAAAAUUGUUUGCUACGUUAAAAGACUAGAAAGUCUAGAGGAUCUCAAUAUCACGAUCAUCUAAAACGAUCAAGUUUGAGGCAAUAGUGACGUCGCGAAACAUCACCAAAUACCCAACACACCCCGAAGACGGCAAAUGUAUCUCACGUGGAACUUUUCCUUAUCCAAUUGAACUUCUUCCCGUCCCCAUCGUUCCCGUCGACUACUUUCCACCUGCAUAUUUGCCAAGUAUUUUAUUUGUUCAUUUUCCCAAUUUCUCCCACAAAUCAAUUCACCGUCCACGUCCACAUUCUUGUUGCCAACUCACUAAAUCCACUACCUUUCCUUUUCUUUGUCGUUUCUAUGGCUGCUAGUCGACGAGGUUCAUUACACAACACCGUUUAAUUUUUAAUUUGUCACCAAUUGUCAACUUUUUAGGUGACAUAGGUGUCACGGUCGAGCACAAUGAGUGCGGCCGUCGAUUCCUCUGAUGCUGGCGAGCUGCGCCGCCGAAAGCCAUCGACAGAUGAUCACAGUGAGACUGAUGAAGGCGUUGAAGAUGUUGUAUCAUCGCCAAAGAACAGAAAGACCUAUGGUCGUACACCAGAUGGAACAAUCUUCACCGUUCCUACUACACAUGACAUGGUCUCUCAGCUACUCGAUCCUCGAGAACCAAAGAACUUAUCGGAUGCCAUCGUCCUUGCCGUUCUUGCAGGUCACAUUCUAGCCCUCUAUUUCCUACCGGACUCCAUAAAAAGAACUGUAUUCGCAACUAUCUUCCUCUUCUGGCGAACAUCUUACAAUCUCGGAAUCGGUAUUCUUUUACGCUUACAGUCAAAUGACAACAAACUCGUUGCCUGGGCCAGAAACUGGAAGCUGUUCGAGAACCCUUCCAGUGGUAAGAACCCACGACCAUGGCUGUACAAGCUACUAAAGCGUGAAUUGGAGAUCAAGAUUCCCGAGGAUUACAAAUUCGAGGAAGCUCCAAUCGAGUACAACACCUGGCUUGUCUUUCGACGCCUUGUGGACCUCAUUCUUAUGUGCGACUUCGUCUCUUACUGCCUGUUUGCAAUCGCUUGCGGACAUCGCCCCGCUGGAGAGUCUUCCUUAGUCACCGUCGCACGAUGGGUUUUCGGUUGGUUAGCCAUUGGCUUCAAUUUGUGGGUUAAACUCGAUGCCCAUAGAGUUGUGAAGGAUUACGCCUGGUACUGGGGUGAUUUCUUCUACUUGGUCGACCAAGAGUUGACAUUUGAUGGCGUAUUCGAGAUGGCCCCGCAUCCCAUGUAUUCGAUUGGAUAUGCUGGAUACUAUGGCAUCUCCGCGCUUGCAGCCAGCUAUUCGGUUCUAUUCAUCUCCAUCGUGGCUCACGCUGCUCAACUUGCCUUCCUUGUUCUCAUAGAGAACCCUCAUAUUGAGAAGAUAUAUGAUCCUCCUACUCGUAAGAGUGAGGUCCCUUUCAGACCUCGUGUUCACAAUCUACUAGGGAUCAAGAACAUCGACUUGCUACGAACUGUCGAUUAUUCUACUUUCAUCAACAUCUCACUUAUUGCACUUAUGGCUUUUGUCACGCCGCAAACGACGCUAUAUCAGACACUCUUCUUCUCACUCGCACUCAUUUUUCGACUCUGGUACUCUGUCGGACUGGGUAUCAUCCUCACACGACAGUCAAACAGCAAAGCAUGGACCCGCCACUUUUUGAAGGUCGGAGAGACUCCCGAGGAGGGCUGGCGACAAUGGAAAGGAUAUUAUCACAUUACUCAAAGUAUGUGCUUUGCCUUCUUCGCCGCUGCUUGCUGGAAAAUGUACAGUGCUCCAGUUGACUGGAACUACGGAUUCGUGAUGCUUCGACAUGUCGUCGGUGUUAGUCUUAUCGCCCUUCAAACAUGGACUGCUGUGAGCAUCUACGAUUCUCUCGGCGAGUUCGGCUGGUUUUUCGGUGAUUUCUUUUUCGAUCAAGAGGCGAAGCUCACUUACACCUCUAUCUACCGCUUCCUGAAUAACCCUGAGAGAGUACUCGGUACCGCCGGUUUAUGGGGUGCAGCCAUCAUCACAUGGAGCAGAUCCAUAUUUGCCUUGGCAUUAGUGAGCCACGUUCUCACUCUUGGAUUCCUUCAGUUUGUCGAAAAGCCGCACAUGCAAAAGGUCUACGGUCGCGAACUCAGGCGUGAAGCUGGCUUGACCAAGUUUAUCAGACGCUCUCUACCUCCUCCCGUCGCGGGCUGGCAAUCUAGCGUGACCAAAGUCAUGGAUGACACGUCUCACUUUGUCGAAGAUUUCCUAGACACGGCACGUCCUAAGUUAGCUGCCGGCGUCUCGACAAUUGUUAGGGAUACCACGGCCCUCUUCAACAAGUACCCUGCCCGUCUUACUUUGACUAAGCUUUCUCCCGACCUCGCGGGUUUCGACCCCAAACACUACUCUAUUAGUGUCGAAGGUGAAGCAUCUGGAUUCUCUGCUCUGUCGGAACGAUCAAGUGGAAAGGAAGGUCUUGCUGCACGAUUCCCCAAGAAAUUAGAGACCAUGAUAUUCGAAUAUGGUGCUCCGAUCAAGGUCAAGUGGCAAGCACCGGCGAACCACGGGAAGAAGGACUGGAUUGGUUUAUAUAUGGUAGCCGAUAAUCGUUCUCGUGAAAUCACCGAACUCCCGUCUCUCGGACGAUGGAUUCCUACAGUAUCUGGCCAAUACCAGUCUACCACAGCUGACAAGGGCGUCUUGAAGUGGGAUCAACCGAUUGAAGAUUCUGAUAACGGCGAUGUUAGCCUUGUGAGUGGUGAGAUGGAAUUUUCCGGAGACAAGUUAUGGUGGACCCAGGGUGUCUACGAAUUCCGCUACCACCACGACGGAAACCAUAAUGUCAUGUCUAUCUCUCAACCCUUCGAGAUCCAUAUUGGCCGCUUCGACUACAACGACGCCGAAACAGACCCUGAGGUGACUAUUCAGCAAGCUGUCGAGUCAGCCCUUCUCCCAGUGGUGCAGAACUGCCUCGACCGAGACCCCGAUAUCGCACCAAGCACACCGAUCGAGCCAUUCGGUAGCCAUGUGGAACGUCACGGCAAAUACGCCAAACGAUUGGUCUACGCCAUUCACCAGAUGUUCGGUAUCGAGUUUACGCCUGCCGUGGUCCCCGCCGAUGGCAACGUUAAGAACUUGGCCUGGCGAAUUUGUAACGCAAAGCAGGUUUUGGCUCCUUACAGUAUGUCGCGAUCUAGAGGAACGUCUACACCCGGAGAGGAGAAACAGGAACCCCUUAGCCCGUAAUCGGGUGUGCGACAUAGGUUUCGACUGGUGCAUAUAGUGACAUUACGGACAUCGCAAGGGAGUUGAGGAUUUGCCUACUGCUUUUUACGUAUAAAACUUCCUCGUUUUUUCUUACUCUUCUCGUCGAAGCAUGUUUCCCUCGAUUGUUCGUUCUGCAUCUGGCAUUUGUUGAGAUACCAAAAGUCCGGUUGCUUAUCUUUUUUUCCGAGGGAGGGGAGAAAGGCAUGGGCGGAGUUGUUGGGGUUGGUUCUUGAUGGAUGGAUGGAUGGGCUUGGAGCUGAGUUAUGUCGAUGAUGUUGUGAUGUCGGAUUUUGUGGAAGGGCUUGGAAAUUACUGAGCUUUUCAAGGCUGUGGGCUCUGGGCUUAGUUAAAGGCUAGGGGCAGAGGCUUAGGUAGUAAUGCCAAUUGAGAAAUUAACUGUUA